UUUUAUUCCAGACAUCGCUGCCCACGUGACCUGCACGUCCGACCACCUGGAGGUCAGCUUCCCGCGCCCACCGGACAACUCCGUGCAGCCGGCGGACGUGCAGCUAGCAGCGCCACCUUGCAGGGCAGAGAGGAACUCCACCCACCUGUUCAUUCGGGCUCCUCUGGGGGAAUGCGGCACUUCGAGAGAGUCCACCCCAGCCGAGAUGAUCUACCGGAACACCCUGAUCAUCGGAGCCGACUCCUCCCACGGCGGCAUCACCUGGCAACCGGUCACCAAGGUGCCGCUGGAGUGUCGUCUGCCGCGCAACAAGACCCUGUCCCUCGACUUCCGGCCUCACCUCAAGUCCGUCUUCCGGUCCGGCGUCCAGGGCAUGGGCGACUUCCGGAUCUCCAUGGAGCUGUUCCGGACUGACGGCUUCCGGCAGCCGGUCACGGAGUAUCCGGUGUUUGUGGAGUUACAGGAGAUGAUCCACGUGCAGAUCCAGGUGAACUCAAGUGACGCCGACCUGCAGGUGUUCGCUCACACUUGUGUGGCCACGCCUAGCGACGACCCUGACGACAAAACACAGAAUGAAGUCAUUGUCGACGGUUGUGCCAAACUCCCGACGCUGCAGUUCUACCCGUCACCCGGCCCGGACAGGGGGCGCUUCGGCUUCCAGGCGUUCGCCUACACCAGCGGCGUUGAUAUGGUGUACCUACACUGUAACGUGCUGCUGUGUAAGGCCUCGGACCCGAACUCCCGCUGCGCGCAGGGCUGCCAGCCGCCCUCGGGCAGGAGGCGGAGGGAGGCCGAGGGCGAACCCGAGGUGUACCGACUGAUCCAGGGCCCCAUCGUGGUCGGCCAGGACCAGAGUGGUGAGACCGGCGGCACCACCACAACCCGCGGGAGCCAGGUCACAGCUGCCGGGGCCGUGGUUGGAGCGUGUGCCGUGCUGGCCAUCGCCAUGUCUGUGGGGCUCCUGUACAAGGCGCGGCGGCACGGCAGACAGGCCGGCUAUAGUGUGCUGCAGAACCGCUACUAGACAGGGGAAGAUCUCCUUCUGUCUUCUAUUAUGUGUGUUUGCAACCGUAGUCAAGAUUAAAAUGGCAAUUCAAA